GCCCGGCACAGACUUGACUCAAACAGUAGUCAGUCAUGGAACCGCAUAUGGUACGGCAUAAUGUCUUCUAAUAUUUUGAGACGCAUCCUCACAAAUACACGAGUUUUCUCGACCGGACCCCCGCCCGCUGCCCGUUCACCAUACCGUCACCUCCGAACACUAGCCCUCGGCGGUUUCGUCGCCGCUACCGGCUACGGCCUUGGUGCCUUCUACCCGCACCCUUACAUUACUUUCAUCUCUCCUCGCCCAGCCCCAGCACCCCCCGACCCCGAUUCCCCACAAUCAAUCAUAUACACCACAAAUCUUGAACAAACCCUACAGACCCUCCCACUUCUCACGUCCCACCGCCUUCGACCUGACGCCCACGAGUGGUACGAGACCCGCCCUUAUGUUAAUUACCCAGAGCAGCUCCGCGUAAACAGCCUUACUGCAGGCGCACUUCGUGGCCCCGGAAAACUCGCGCUUCCACCCCUCGUUCGUGCCAGGAAGGAUGAGAGUGAGGCUCUCGUCAUCGUGCAUGUAGGUCGGGGCGUGUGUGGCCAUGAUGGGAUUAUUCACGGUGGGCUACUGGCUACUAUUUUGGAUGAGAGUCUAGCGCGGACUGCGAUCAUCAAUUUACCAGAAAAGAUUGGCGUCACUGCCAACUUGUCCAUAAAUUAUCGCGCCCCGACAUUUGCGGAUCAGUUCAUUGUCGUCCGAAUCAGUUUAGUCGACAAGGCAGGUCGCAAAUCUAAAGUCACUGGCAAAGUAGAGGACCUCAAAGGCAACGUACUUGUCGAAGCGCACGCAACUUUCGUUCAACCCAAAUAUGCUCACCUGCUCAAGAGCAAAGCUGUCCAGCAGAUGAUGGGCGACCCCGAACCUGUUAAAUCAACUCCCGUGCUCCUCAGCGAGGGCAUGCCGCCUCCCCCGUCCAAAGCAUAGAGAAAUUUAUACCAUUUAUUAACUCAUAUAGCGCACUGAUAGAUAUACCUGUAUCGUAGACCGCCCCGCUGCAACCCUAGAUGUAACUUACCGCGGAGGAUGGGACAAAGCCGUUUCCAUUCCCCAAAGCACAAUCUCAAUAGCUUCCGUGUUCCUUGUCUGUGCCAUGCCAA